GCUUUUUUGAUAAGGAGUGAGCUUCUGAUCUGACAUUCUCUGCUGAUACCUGCUUUUCUCUCCCUCCCUCUUCCUUUUGUCAGGAACGCUAGCACUCCUCCAGCGGCAAAACUCAUCACAGCAGCUAUUAGGAGACAGGAGAUACAGAGAACAACAUGUCUGCCAGAAGAAAAGUCCUUUUGAAAGUGAUCAUACUAGGGGAUAGCGGUGUUGGUAAAACAUCACUAAUGAAUCAGUAUGUCAACAAAAAGUUCACCUCACAAUACAAAGCCACCAUCGGAGCUGAUUUCCUAACCAAAGAAGUCAUGGUCGAUGAUCGUUUAGUAACUAUGCAGAUAUGGGACACAGCCGGUCAGGAGAGAUUCCAGAGUUUGGGCGUGGCUUUCUACCGAGGGGCUGAUUGUUGUGUUUUAGUAUACGAUGUGACUAAUGCCAAUACUUUCAAGACGCUGGACAGCUGGAGAGAUGAGUUCCUGAUACAGGCCAGCCCUAGAGACCCAGAGAACUUCCCUUUUGUCGUUAUUGGCAACAAGAUUGAUCUAGAGAACAGACAGGUACCCGCAAGACGAGCGCAGAACUGGUGUGAGUCAAAGAAUAACAUCCCCUACUAUGAGACAAGUGCCAAAGAGGCCGUGAAUGUUGACCAGGCUUUCCAGAAGAUCGCCCGUGACGCUCUAGCAAAAGAAAAUGAUGACAUUUACAAGCCUCAAGUUGCAUCAGUCCCUGAUAUAAGGCUUGACUCCAAUACUAAGCAGAAGAGUGGGAAGUGUUGCUAGAGAGAGGGACGUGGGAGAUUUUUGAUUAUUAUGUUCACAUAAUUGUCGUGUAUUGUGUAAUAACUUAAACUUUAAAACACGUACUGGAUAGCAUUAUAAAUAAAAAUAAUAGGGAUACAUUUUUGUUUGUUCGCUCAUCUCAUAAAAUUAAUUAUUAUUAUUGGUAUUAUUGUACUUGUCUGAUAUUUUUGUGUCGUUUAAUUAUUAUUAUUAUGUUGUUCUCUAUUUCGUUUGUGAAGCUGUUGAAAUAUUAAAAAAUUUGUCAUGAAAAUUAAA